AUGGGAGACCGUGUACAUCAGUUUGUGAGUGGAUUGGGGCCACAUUUGAUUAAGAAAUGCUUGACGGCCUCACUCCAGGAGGGAAUGAAUAUCUCUCGUAUUCAGGCCCAUGCCCAGAAUUUGAAAGAACAGCAGCAGCUGCAAAGAGGUGAGCGUGAUUCUGAUAGAGGCAAGAGGUUUGAUCAUUCUAAUUAUUCUGGACCGGGUCAGAGCUCUACAGUUUGGGGUUCCCAGUAUGGAGGUGAAUCUGGUCAGAUGAGACCGCCCUUACCACAAUGUAAUCAAUGUGGUAAGCCACAUUCCGAACUUUGCCGUUUAGGUUCGGAUGUUUGCAAUUCCUGUGGUCAGCCAGGCCAUAUUAUGCGUAAGUGUCCAUUUCUAGGCCGUCGAAGGAUGGUGCAGUCUACCGGAUUGUUGUCAUCGGUGUGCCCUCCGGGACGAUACACUCAGACCUCAGCAGGCUGUGAUAGAGGUAGAGGGGGAGCGUCCGGCUUGAGUAGUCUUCAGAGCCUUAUUUACGCAUUGACCGGUCGACAGGACUUGGAGUCUUCGCCCGAUGUUAUUACAGGUAUAUUGUCAGUAUUUUCUUAUGAUGUGUAUUCAUUUGUUGAUCUGGGUUCUGUAUUGUUAUAUAUUACUCCUUAUAUUUCUGGUCUGAUUGGGGCGAAACUUGAGUUGACUAAAGCUUUCACAAUGCUUCAUUAG